AUAUAUUAUUGUAUACGUUUUGUUCACGUCAAGAAGAAGCAUGGAGAGAAAAACAUUUGUAGCACGUGUAAGUGGCAACAGAUUGUUAGUUGUAAGUUAGUGGGAUUUAUAAGAUUUUAUUUAAUAAAAUACAAAGCAGUCAUGAAAAUUAAAAAAAAUCAUGCAAGGAAACAUUAUCGUUACAAUGUUAAUAGAAAAACGCUGAAAAAAACCCGCACAUCAACAGGAAAAAUAAAAGAUCCUUGGCUAAAAAAGUUGUGGGAGGAUCGAAAAAAUCCUAAUAAAAAUUUUCGUGAAAUGGGUUUAUCAUCAGAUCCAAAUAAAACAGUGCCGAUACCCAGUUUUAAAAAUGACCGACUUAAAAUUGUCAAAAUAGUUAAUGGUUUUAUGGAAGAAGAAAUUGAGGAAGAAGAAAAACCAAAAAUGAAACCAAGAAGAGGGCAUGUUGCAGAAAAAUUAGAAGAAAUAGCCAAAGAUCGAGGAGAAUCUUUGCUAAGAUUACCAAAAGGUGUUGUAAGCCAACUCAGUUAUUUCCUCGAUAAAUAUCAAUUUAACUAUAAAGCUAUGGUUACUGAUAAACGGAAUUAUGAUCAAUGGACCUGGAAGCAGUUUCGUAUGAAAAUACGUAAAUUCAUGUCCAUACCAGAGCAGUUUAACAAAUAUUUAGAAAAGAAAAAUAUGAAACCGGGUGAAAAACUGCCUUGGACAGAGUAUGAUUCCGAUAGUGAAUGGAGAUAAGCUACUAUAAAAGAUUGUUAUGUAGAAUAAGGUAUCUUAAUUAAGCAAACAAUAAAACUAUAUACAAUGGUAAAUACUGGUAUUUUAUCAUAAAAGUA